CCAUAAGAGUUGUAGAAGUUGAUAUCCAUAUAUCAAUCUUUAGGUUCAUUGCAUUAAUAAAUCAUGAAAACCUUCCUUCCUUUCUUUGCAUUUCUGUCACUUCUCCUGUUUGCAGACACCAUUGUAGCAGCUAGGAAAGAUGGUGGAGAGUAUUGGAGAGCUGUAAUGAAAGACCAACCUAUGCCUCAUGCACUCCAAGGCCUUGUUCAGAUCGAGGUCACCUCCGCCGGUUCCGGUGAGCUGAACGAAGAGAUUAUUAUUUCUGAGGAUUUUAAACGACCAGUGAGGCCUAAUGGAAAUGAGAAGAAGUCCACAUUUUGUGAAGAUCUCGAGCCGAGGCCAAAUGCUUUGGCUUACGGGGACGACGAGAAUCUAAAAGUGAAGAAAUCGUCAUCUUUUGCCAAAGAUUUCGAGCCGAGGCCAAACCUUUCGGCUUACGGUGGUGAUGCUAAUCUGAAACGAAAGAGAUCAUCAUCAUUUACCGAAGAUUUCGAACCGAGACCAAAUGUUUCAGCUUACGGAGACGAUGGUAAUCUUAAAGUAGAAAAAAAAUCAUUAACUGAUGAUUUUGAACAGAUACCGGACGUCACCAUUUAUCAUGGGUAAAAGUGAACAAGAACA